UUGUCCAUUUAGAAAAUUUGUUUUGCUUGGCAAGGGAAAAAAGUGAAAAACCCCGUGAAGAUGUAACUGGUUCCACUAAUGUUACACACUGCUAUGACAAACCGAAUAGACAGGUGCCCAGUCAGUACGAAGAACUCUUCUGAACCACGGGAAAGAAAGUUAUCCAAAAUGGCGUCGAAUUCACAUGGCCAAACAUCGACAGAGGACACAAGUAAGCCCAGCGAACACACAAAGUUCAAAGGAACAAAAGAUGAUGACUAUGGGUUUUAUUUCUACCCAGAGAGGGGCAUUCCAGAGGAGAAGCCGUCAUUUUGGAAAUCCAUGUGGCAAGGACGAACAACAGGCCAGAAACUAAAAUGCGAGACCAACGUUGCUUGGUGUAUUGAAAAUCACCCCCUGGUCAAGUUAAUGAUGAGAGCCCUGAAAAGCCAUGGAUGUGCAGUGGACUUGACGCGUCAUGUCUCCUGUGAAAAGUGCCGUGAGCGGGUCAAUGGGGGAUUUGAUCCAACCACAAACCAAGUUGUGGUGUGUCAGAACAAUGCUACUAAGAGAAGCAUCUGCUGUAAUGUCUUGGCUCACGAGUUCAUCCACGCAUUUGAUGCAUGCAGAGCAAAAGUUAACUUCGAAAAUCUUCGCCAUCUUGCCUGCUCUGAGAUUCGUGCCGCCAACAUCAUGCACUGUUCCUUCAUGGCAGCUGUGUCAUCUGGAGAUGCUUCCCCAAUCAACAUCAAGCAGAGGCAUCAGGAGUGCGUCAAGUCUAAAGCCAUCAUGUCCGUGUUGAUGGUGAGGAACGUGACUCAUGAGGAGGCCAGCCAGGUGGUGGACAGUGUGUUUGACAAGUGUUACAAAGACUUGGAACCAGUUGGAAGGCAGCCGAGGAAAGGAUCACGGGAUCCAGACCGUGCACUGAUAGAAGGUGCUUAUUAUGGCUACACUGGAUAGCAGGAAUCAGGAUUUUAUGUGUGCUUCAGUUGACCUAGUGGACGAUGUAUGCGUGUACCCCAUGUUUGUAAUGGCUGAUCUGACCAGUGACUGUUCUGGUUCCUCUGCUCACAUGCUGACCUGUCAUCGGUUCCCAAUUGCGCAGAUCGAUGCUCAUGCUGUUGAUCACUGGAUUGUCUGGUCCAGACUCGAUUAUUUACAGACCGCCGCUAUAUAUAGCUGGAAUAUUGCUGAGUGCAGCGUCAAACUAAACUCACUCACUCACAUGCUGACCAUUAGUUCUGAGUUUAUGGAACAUUAAAUCUGUAUUAGCAUUUGCCAGUUUUUCCAUGGUUACAACUAGGGAUCUGGUGGUCCAAAUGAGUACCAAGUGAGGCAUGUUAAUGGAACUUGGAUGGACGCGACUGAUGUAGAAGCCCAGAUGUUGGACCAGAUAUGUAGAGUGCUGAUUGUCACAAAUGCAGAUUCAAUGUCACUUUGCAUUUUGCGAUAAAGAUGUGAUAUUGCUCACUUAGCAUAAAACAUUAUUCACUCACCAGUACACAGUGGCUGCAGCUGGAAUAAAAAGUAACAAAUAAAUAAAUAAAUAAAUAAUAUAUGAAAAUGUAUUUUGUGAAAUGCUUUGUGACUUUGAAUGUGAUAUUUAUAAAAGCUACACAAAGUAGCUUCCAUUUUCUUUCAGCUGAACAAGAGUGUAACAUUCUGUAGCAUACGCUUUGAACUCCACAUUGAUGUUCUGUGCCCAAAGUAAAAUGUAUCACGCAUUAUACAUUAAGAUUAUUUAUUUAUGAAAUAAACAGACAAAUUACAAAAUCAA